AUGCUUUCUAUUGAUAGUAAGGAUUUUCUGCACUCUCUCUCCCUCGCGACAAAGACUUCGCGUCAAUAUUUGCGGCCGAAAAUUUUGACGCGCCCUAACUCCAUCCUUCGCCUGCAGAACAGCAGAAGUCUCCAACCUCGCCCUAACUCCAUCCUUCGCCAGCAGAAGUCUCCAACCUCGCGAAACCCUAACUUCUCCACCCUCUCGUUCUCUCUUUCUUGCCCAACCUCGCGUUCUCCCUUCCGUUCUCCACCUUCGCAUUCUCGAAGAGAUCUCUCUCGCGAAGCCCUAACUUUUGCUUGCUCCGUCUUCCCUGCAAGCCGAGCAAGCGGACGACUCGCCUUCUCGAAGAUUGGAGCGAGAGCAGCAACCUUCGCGUUCUCGGACAAGGAGUGUGAAGCCCUAACUCCUCCAGCCGCAAUCAGCCCUAACUUCUUCUUCGAAGCACAUCAAGUUAUAGCAGCAAGGAGCAGUGACUUUGAGUUUAGGUACUCUUUAAGGCAAAAAGGUGAUGCUUCUGGAAGGUCAAAACAAAGUAGGAGCGAGAAGAAGAGCCGGAGGGCUAUGUUGAAGCCCAGUAUGAAGCCAGUACCUGGUGUCAACUGCGUAACACUAAAAAAGAGCAAGAAUGAUGACGAAGAGGUCGAUGAGGCUGGUGUCGAGCCAAAGGACAUCGAAUUGGUAAUGACUCGGGCUGGGGUUCCCAUACAGGGGAAGAUCUAUAUGCUGAGAAUGAAAUCUUAUUUAGGCCUUGAAGUUAUGUUAAUUUCAUAUUUUCUUUCCAGAAACAUGAAAAAAAAUGGGUGGAUCUUAGAAUUUCCUACACAGAUGCAAGUCAUAAUUCCAUAUGGAUGGAGCUCUGAUUUGUAUAUUAGUAUUUUUUUUUAAUGCUUGGAAUCUCAAAUCUAUAAAUAGUAUUUUGAUUGGAUUUCCAUACUCCGUUCCAUAUAUUUCCUGAACUAUAUGGUCAUUGGACUCACAGUUUCUUUUCUGUAUCCAAGCAGGUGACUUAUUAGUUAUUCUCUUCUAUUGAUAUCUAAGGUUUAUUCCAUAAUCUGGUAGACUAUAAUUUACCUAUCUGUAUAAGGCUGCAGCGUACAGAGGCUUGUUAAUGCACCUUCCAAUUGCAGGUGAAACAAUUAAUCAUGGCAGCCAAAAGGGUAGCAGCCUGAAGAUACAAUGCACUUGGCCAUGUAGGCGUAUAACUAGUGCCUGCAUUGCAUUGUUAAGAGCUUCCUGUGGCAUAUCAUUCAUCAGAUAUGAUAAGCAACGGCGUGCAAAAAUGGUUGGCGAAACCAUUGUCUCAACAUCAAUAAACUGCAUGUCACAGUAUGUGGUCAUUAGGCGCUCAAAGAAGUCAAAGAUUUUCAUGUGGUUCCCAGGUCCAGGGCUGUCAAUGCGCUCAAAGCUGUCAAAGAUUUUCAUGUGUAGUAUCAAUGUAUCUGAAUGUAGAAGUUAUGGAUUUUGAAAGAAUGUAAAGAGGCAAACAAGUGCAGGGGCUCAUCAAUAAGAAAAUUUUGUUACUA